AUGCGGCUCCAGCCCGAGCAUGUGGUGUUUAGUCUGCUGUCUGCUGGUGUCGAGAAUCGGCAUGGGUGCCCGAAGCGGAUCCUGUCUGAUCAAGGGCGGGAUUUUGUAAAUGAGCUCAAUGAUUCUCUGUGCUUCUCCGCUGCGUACCACCCACAGACUAAUGGGUUGGACGAAAAGACCAACCACAACAUCAAGAGAGCUUUGAUGAAGUUGGUGAAUGAGCAGCAGAACAACUGGGACACAUUCCUUGAUGCCACACUGUUCUCUUUGAGGUCAAAGGUGCACAUCUCAACCAAACACACCCCAUUCCAGUUGAUGUAUGGGCGGGAGGCUGUGUUCCCCUCAGAGGUGCCUGUAGAUUAUCCUAUUCACCAGGACACUGCCAAAUGUGACAGCUACACACCAAUGGAACUUGAGAGUGAGAAGGUGCUUGACAUACAAACAGAACAGAGCAAUGAGGGUAUGCCCCAUUGUACAAAGAAGAGCUAA